AUGCUUCUAGGUACAACUCCAUCACCACCAAAGUCUACCAACACUGGAAUGGGAUUGUUUUACUCUCCAGACCUCAGAGAAACAAAUAGGAUCACGACAACACCUUCAACACCAUUAAGCACACGAGAGGAUACCAUCCCAUCAUCUGGAACUGGGACACCCACUCUUCCUGAGAAGUCAGCUUUAACUUCACUCUCACUAACACUAGACAAAGUCACUGACACAAACACACCUUUACCCAUGACAAGUUUGGCAGUUACAAACACCUCUUCACCAACCACAGCCACCCUGAGGAAAACUGUUCACAGCAUAGUCCUGUCUGAGACUCAGGAGAAUGACACUGCAACUGUUUCCCCAACCCCAACAACAAUGUCCACAAUGAGCAAGCCACCAGACCCACACCACAGCACAGUCACACAGACGUCUUCCCAGCCAGCACAGAUGGGCUCAAGCACAGGCACUGGUACAGCCCAGUCACCUACUGCAGUGACCUAUGAUGAUGUGCAUAUCAACUUCACUUGGGAGGAGUGGACUUUGCUGGAUUCUUCCCAGAAGAAUCUCUACAAAGAUGUGAUGCAAGAGACCUACAAGAGCCUCACUGCUAUAGAUACAAAAAUUAUCAUACUGGAGAAAAAGCCUCUAUAUUUACUCAGUGUGCAAAAGCCUUUUCAUAUCACAGUCAUCUUCAGAAGCAAGGAAGUAUUCAUACUGGAGAGAAACCCCAUGAUUGUAUUCAAUAUCCUGAAGCCUUUGCACACAACAGUAGUCUCCCAAUACAUAAAGAAACAUGUACUGGAAAGAAAACCAAUGAAAGUAAUCAGUUGUGGUAAAGGAACUGCAUAUGUCAGUAAUCUCCAAAUACAUGAAAGAACACAUGCUGGAGAGAAACCCUACAAAUGUAAUCAAUGUGAUAAAGCCUUUUCGCAACACAGUCAUCUUCAAAUUCAUGAAAGAACACAUUCUGGAGAGAAACCCUACAAAUGUAAUCAAUGUGGUAAAGCCUUUGCACAACACAAUGCUCUCCUUAUACAUAGAAGAACACAUUCCGGAGAAAAACCUUACGUAUGUAAUCAAUGUGAUAAAGCCUUUUCACAACACAGUCACCUUCAAAUGCAUGAACGAACACAUUCUGGAGAGAAACCCUAUGAAUGUAAUCAAUGUGAUAAAGCCUUUGCACAACACAAUGCUCUCCUAAUACAUAAAAGAACACAUUCUGGAGAGAAACCUUACAAAUGUAAUCAAUGUGAUAAAGCCUUUUCACAACACAAUGCUCUCCAAAUACAUAAAAGAAUACAUUCUGGAGAGAAACCCUAUAAAUGUAAUCAAUGUGAUAAAGCCUUUGCAUGUGCCAGUAGUCUUCAAAUACAUGAAAGAACACAUACUGGAGAGAAACCCUACAAAUGUAAUCAAUGUGAUAAAGCCUUUUCACAACACAGUCAUCUUCAUAUGCAUGAAAGAACA